ACACGCGUCAUCCCUUUCUUCCCUUCCUUCUCCUUUUAUAUAUUUUUCCACCUUUGGUUAACUUCUUUUCACUUCAUUGGAAAAUUCCUCUGUUUCGUCUUCUUCAUUUUUGGAUUCUCUCUGAUCAAAAAACUUACCCAAAAAAAUAUUGGGUUGGAUUUUUUCUUUCAUGAAAUGGAUCUAAAAGGCGGUGGGUGUUGUGUAGCUAGAUACGGCGGUGGUGGUGGCGGCGGCGGCGCGUAUGAUCUUUCGAGGAUGGACCGGAUAAUGCUGAGGUUCCGGCCAAUCGCGCCAAAACCGGUAUCAAACAGCUCUGGUUCAAGUAGCUCCGGCACGGAGAAAGACAACAAUCCGUACGUGAAAAGUGGGCGCGGGAAAAGAAGGUACGUCAAGAAUAAUAAUAAUCGGAAGAAAAAGAAUGAUAGCAGUGAUGGUAGCACAGAAAGUGUGACGAUGAAGACUAAGAGGGGUAGAAAUGGCAAUAUAAAAAGAUUGAAAUCAGAAGAAAAUGAGUCUAGGUUGGUCUCCUCCGGCGGAAGCGGGGAGGAGGAGAAAAAAAGUGCGGUUGUUACUUUAUCUUUGUUGCCGGAGACUCCGGAAAGUGCGGAGAAAAAUCCUCGUUCUGUUGUAAGAGGUUUUGUUAAUGGGGUCCAGAAAUUUCCUACGGGGUUCAGUUUUGGAGGGAGCUGUGAAGAUCAGUACGGUGCCGAAGAAGGUAACUUUUGGUUGAGUGGGAUGACCGGUACGGUGGCUCAGCCGUCUAGGGUGGCGCCGGCGGUGGUCUCCACUUGGGUUUACGUGGAAAGCAUAACGGAGACGUGGGAGAAUGGGUUCGGGUACGGUGGAAACGGGUGGUUUUCUGACAGGGGAUCAAUGUUGAUGGAUCUAGAGAACGACACGUGUCCGGGGUUCAUAUCGGACGGUUUAGAUAAGGUGGUUUGGGUUAACAAUGUUUACAGGGAGAUGGUUGCGGGGAAGGAAGAUCAGGAGGUUUUGAUAUGGUUGGUGAUGAAGGGAGGGAUUUUUCAGAAUCGGUUGUUGACACAAGGGUUCACGUGCAAUGUAAGGGUGGUCACGUGCGGGAAGGAGAAAAGUUCACGCACUCUACCGUGUGAUGUGUGGAGAUUGGAAGGUGGCCGCGGGUUUGCAUGGAGGUUGGAUGUUAAGGCUGCUCUCUCCUUAGGACGUUGAGAAGUAAUUAGUCAGUUCAAGAAUUGAGUCGAAAAAAAGUUCUCGCGUCAAAAAUAGUUUAACAAAGUGGACUAUACUAAUAUGACAGAACAAAUUCAACGGGGUGUUUUCAAGAAUAGAUCCAAGUGGUGAUCGAUCGAUGAAUCGGGAGAUUUGAAUGUUGAUGCUGAUAUUUGAGGAGGGGAAAAAAAGAACAAGCUCAAAAACAGCACAAAAAAAGUGUAAAUAUUGUCUUUGUUUAAAUAUGGUUAGAGUUUGAAUUUGGUUGGUUGCAGUUUUGAGUUUUUCUUUGGCUUAUUGGGAACUUGCUUGAAAAAAAAGCUUUGUAUCAAAAAGUUCUGACUGCAUGUUUGUUUUCGCUGCAUUUGGUCAUCUUGUGCUUUUCAAAGACUGAUUUUUUGAGUUCAUUGGAAUAUGUGUAUAUAACUAUAUAUUAUGCCAAGGAUACUCGAAUUGCAGUGUAUUUCCAGUUGGAGA